CCGAUGGACAGGGAGGCCGCGGGCGGCUGCGGCUGCAGGGGCGUGCGGAGCUGCUUGCUGUGCGAGCGCCCGGGGACACCCCCGAAGGACCUUCCCGACCAGACGGUAGCCCGUUUCGUCUACUGCCCCGAGACCGGACUGGCCCAGGGUGCGGAAGCCACCGAGGUGCAGGGCCGGGCCUUCCCCUUCCCCGGGGUGACCCUCCUGGAGGACUUCGUGAGCGCCGAGGAGGAGGCCCGCAUGGUGCGGCUCAUGGACCGGGACCCCUGGAAGCCGUCCCAGUCCGGCCGGAGGAAGCAGGACUACGGCCCCAAGGUCAACUUCCGGAAGCGGAAGCUGAAAGUGGGCGCCUUCGACGGGCUGCCCGCCUUCAGCCGCGAGGUGGUGCGGCGGAUGCAGGAGUCGUGCCCGGUCCUGGCGGGCUUCGCCCCCGUGGAACAGUGCAACCUGGACUACGACCCCGCCCGCGGCGCCGCCAUCGACCCCCACCUGGACGACGCCUGGCUCUGGGGCGAGCGUCUGGUCAGCCUCAGCCUGCUGGCCCCCACCGUGCUCACCCUGACGUGGGCCGGGGGCCCGGGCGGCCCCGAGGACCUCCUGCCCCGCCCCCGCCCCGUGGAGGUGGCCGUGGGGCUGCCCCGCCGCUCGCUGCUGGUCCUGCACGGCCCGGCCCGCCACCGGUGGCGUCACGGCAUCCGGCGCCGCCACGUCCGGGCCCGCCGCGUCUGCGCCACCUUCCGCGAGCUGUCGGCCGAGUUCGGGCCGGGCGGGGCGCGGGCCCCCCUGGGCCGGGCCCUGCUGGAGAUCGCCCUGACCUUCCGCGGGAAGCCGGUCUGACGGGAGAAAGGAGGGACGGAUGGACGAACGGGCGGGCCCGAGCCG